AUGAAGGGCCCUCUCCAAAUUCUCGCAGGCAGCACCGCUAUCUGCUCAGUCCUUGCCGCUCCUUUAGGUGCAAUUGGAAAGAAUGCUGUUGUCGAGCGCGGUACGAACAUCUGGACUACUGCUGCCCAGGUCGAUGGUGGAGCCAACCCGGCUAAGCGCAGUGAGGCUGUCUGGACUACCGUGGCCAAAGCCGACGAUGGAAAGCGUAGCGAGGCUAUCUGGACAACUGCAGCCACCGUUGAGGAUGAGGCCGUCAAGCGCAGUGAGGCGAUUUGGACAACUGCAGCCAAGGCCGAUGAUGCGAGCCUGCAACAGCGUAGCGAGUCGAUCUGGACAACGGUAGCCCCAGCCAAUGAUCAGAAGCGCAGUGAGGCGAUCUGGACGACCGCUGCUACUGCUGAGGACGACGAGGUCAAGAGAAGUGAGGCGAUCUGGACUACUGCGGCCGCUGUUGAGGAUGAUAAAGUAAAGCGUAGCGAGUCCAUCUGGACCACCUCUGCGGAUGACGCUGUCAAACGCGGUGAGUCCAUCUGGGCCACGGCUGGAGAUGAAGCUGUCAAGCGCAGUGAGGCGAUCUGGACGACUUUGGCUGCUGCUGAGGAUGACAAGGUCAAGCGUGGUGAAUCCAUCUGGACCAUCUCCGUGGAUGGCACUGUCAAACGCAGUGAAUCGAUUUGGACCACGGCUGGGGACGGUACUGCCAAGCGUAGUGAGGCCAUCUGGACCACUGCUGCUACUGCUGAGGAUGAUGCUGUCAAGCGUAUCGGCGGCGCGCCUGGGUGGUAG